CCCUCUUCUCUCUGACAUCUAUCCUCCUCUUGACCUCCUCCCCUCCACUUGACCUCCUAUCCAUUUAUAAAGAUCCCCAACUGUGAAUCCCCCUUCUCUUUCUCAAAUCAGCUUGAUGUUGCAUGUUCCCAUAGUACCUGACUGUCAAUUAGGAGUAAAGGACUAACUGUUUUCUUCCGUAAAAGCCAUUUCAAAUAGACUCACCAUAUGAGAGGAUGGCCCCGCCCUUGGCAAGAUCUGCUCCAGGUGAGCUCAACCAUUGGUGGAGCCAGCUUAGGUUCCGGCUCCAGAACAGGAAGGGGUGGAAAGAGAUGCUGGAUGAAACGUUUUUGCUGCAGAACAAAAGGACAAAUGGCGUCCCUCUCUUUUCUGCCGCCAAAGAGAACAGUGCAGGUUGCAUUAAGAAACUUCUGGACAGUGCAUCCACUAACAUCUUUGAGAGAGGUGCUCUGGGGGAGACCGCGCUGCAUGUGGCAGUUAUGAAUGAUAACAUGGAAGCUGCUUUAGCUCUGAUGGACGGAGCACCUGAACUCAUCAAUGAGCCCAUGACCUCUGACCUCUUCCUUGGCAUGACACCUCUCCACAUUGCCGUGGUGAAUCAGAACUUUAACCUGGUCCACAGUCUGAUUGGUCGAGGGGCGGAUGUGGCCACGCCCAGAGUCACAGGACUGUACUUCAGGAAGAGAAGAGGAGGGCUGCUCUACUAUGGUGAGCACAUCCUGGCAUUUGCGGCCUGUGUGGGGAAUCAGGACAUCAUCUCCAUGGUGAUCAACGCAGGAGCCAGCACCAGGGCCCAGGACUCCAUUGGUAACACAGUGCUCCACAUCCUGGUCCUGCAGCCCAAUAAAACUAUAGCAUGCCUGGCGUUGGAUCUGCUGUUGGCACGUGACGAUGAGCUGGACCAGGCUGUGCCACUGGACAUGGUGCCCAACUACAAUGGCUUAACGCCCUUCAAACUGGCUGCCCAGGAGGGCAACCUUGUGGCCUUCCAGCACCUGGUCAAUCGGAGGCGAAUCAACCAGUGGAACCUGGGACCCUUGACCUCUAACCUCUAUGACCUCACAGAGAUCGACUCCUUGGUCGCCGACGACGACCGCUCUGUGCUUGAGCUCAUCGUGGGCAGCCAGAGGAGAGAGGCAAGGAGGAUACUGGAAGUGACUCCUAUUAGGCAGUUGGUCAGUCUCAAGUGGAACCUCUAUGGAAAACACUACUUUAGGUUGUUGAUGCUGCUGUACCUCCUGUACAUUGGGACCUUCACACUGUGUUGUGUGUAUCGCCCCCUAAAGGACGCUCCAGAGAAUUACACUGUAUCUGACAUGGACAAAACCAUCCGCGUGCAGAAAACUCUGAAGGAGAGUUAUGUGACCUAUGGGGACAACUUGCGUCUGGCAGGAGAGAUGAUCAGUGUCCUGGGUGCCCUGGUUAUUCUGCUACUGGAGAUCCCAGAUAUGCUGAGAGUGGGGGCCAAGCAUUACUUUGGACAGACGGCCCUGGGGGGGCCCUUCCAUGUCAUUCUUAUUGCCUAUGCGUUCCUGGUGGUGCUGCUGUGUGUUUUCAGGGUCAGUGGGGUACAGGGGGAGACAGUUGUCAUGGCUGUGUGUCUGGUGCUGGGCUGGAGUAACGUCAUGUUCUUCGCCCGAGGCUUUCAGAUGCUGGGGCCUUACGUCAUCAUGAUACAGAAGAUUAUAUUUGGCGACCUGACCAAGUUUAUGUGGCUGAGCUUCAUCGUGCUCAUAGGGUUUUCCACCUCCCUGUGGGUGGUGUACAUGACUCAGGACCCAGACUCUCUACCUGCGUACCGCUCCUUCCCCAUCACUCUGUUCUCCCAGUUUGAGCUGAGUGUGGGUCUGAUAGACCUGCCAGUGGACCACACCUUCACAACACCCCCUAUUGUCCAUGUGCUGCACUGCACCUUCUCUGUGGUCUCCUACAUACUGCUGCUCAACCUGCUCACAGCCAUGAUGAGUGAUACACAAUGGAGAGUUGCCCAGGAGAGGGACGAGCUCUGGAGGACACAGGUGGUGGCCACUACCCUGAUGUUGGAGAGGAGAUUGCCCCGCUGCCUGUUGCCCCGGUUGGGGGUGUGUGGCCUGCUCUACGGCCUGGGGGAGCGGUGGUACCUCCGGGUUGAGGAUCGCAACGACCCACUGGUGCAAAAGAUGCGUCGCUACAUCCAAGCCUUCUCUAAGGAUGAGGACCAGAGCAAGGAGCGGGAGGAGACGGAGAACACUGACAUGUCAAAAGGACCUGGAAGCCCUCUGAUCAGACCCAAACACAGGGGUGGGAUAGAUGGAAACAGGAAGUCCCUGGCAUGCUGGCAGAUGAUUCGCCACAGCGCUCUGGGUUUAGAUAUGGAACAGGAAGAGCCUGAGGAUGACCAGGAAGUAAAAUAGAUCUGAGGUUUAAGACAGAAAAACAGAUUGUUUUAUUGUUAUUAUAUAGUAUACGUGUGAUGCAAGCAUGAAUGCAGAGGCGUCAUACCCAUACGGGGCACACACACAUUUUGACACACACAUGCAAACAUACACUCAGGCACACACAUAUAGUCUCUCCUACAUACUCCAUAAAAAUACCUGAAAACCAUGAUGAAAGUGUAUACAGCAUCCCAAUCAGUGCCCCCUCCCCCAUAUUCUUCUAGUAAGUGGUUCCUUCCUAGGUGAACCACUGAGCAAAGAUAUGUGUGAAGACAGUAUCAUGAGUGAAGGAGGAGAGAGAGGGUCGAGUGACACACAGCGUUUCAUCUGAUUUUAGCUGCCGGUGAUGGGCAGGACUGUUUGUAAAUUAAUUUGAUCAAGCUAUGUUGAUUCCUUCUUGAUGAAUAUAUAAAGCAAGAAGUAAAGAAGUGCACCUUCAGAGAGGAUGCUGAUGACACUGACGAAGGCUGAAACGUGUGUCUAUCUACCCACCCUUGAAUGAAAUAAAUACUAAAAAUGAA